ACGUCACUGCAAACGCGACGGCUCCCUCUUCCUGGCGACGUCAUCGCCAGCGCGACCAUUCUUCGGCUACCGCCGCCGAUGAGCCGUGUUGUUCUUCCUUUUCCUGUUGUUGUGUUCUAUUUUCACGAUAGCAACAAACGGCGGACUCCUAAAUCCCGCGUGAACGUCGCGCGUCACUGCGACUUCGUCUCGGUGCGUUUGAAGCCACUUUAGCUCGUUAGCUGCGUCGCAGCUUAGCAAGGCGAGCUAAGCUCAGCAGAGAGCCACCGUGACUGCAAAGUGAGUGAAAAUGAGCCACGAAAAGUGAGGGAGACAUCGUCGUCGUGUGGGACAGAAGCCGAGCGGGGGACGACGUCAACCUCCGGACGCUCACAUGGACUCGCGCGCUGCAGACGUCCGUCAAGAAGACGUCCCCCGUCACUCUAAAGAUGAAGACGAGGAGCCGUCCUACGUCAAAGAGGAAGAGCAGGAAGUGGACAUCAACCAGGAGGUGAUUCGUGUCAUCGUGAAGAGCGAAGAUGAAGAGGAUGACGAACGUGCUCAGAGGAGGGCAUCCCAAGCCGCUCCACCCUUGGACAGCGAAAACGAAAAUGACGAGGAAGAGCACUCGCAAGGUGAUCAACUCUUGAAAUGUUCUCAGUGCGACAAAACGUUUGGCUACAAGAGGAAUUUAACGGCGCACAUGAGAAGUCACAUGGGGGGUAAAACAUUCGCGUGCUCGUUUUGCGGUCGAGGAUUCCGCCGCAAAGCGCAUAUGGUCGCGCACACGAGAACGCACACGGGUGAGAAACCUUUCUCCUGCUCCGUGUGCGACAGCAAAUUCAACACCAGAUCCACGCUAAACCAACACAUGAGGACGCACACGGGAGAGAAACCUCACACUUGUUCAUUUUGCGGCGAGAGAUUCGCCCAAAGGGGCCAAAUGGUCUCGCACACCAGGACCCACACGGGCGAAAAACCGUUCUCAUGCUCCGAGUGCGGCGCCAGUUACAGCCUCCGCUCGGCGUUGGUUCAUCACAUGAGAACGCACACGGGCGAGAGACCCUUCUCCUGCUCCGUCUGCGGCAAAACUUUCUCCAGGAAGAUCACCUUGAAAGAGCACACCAGGACGCACACCGGAGAGAAACCUUUCUCAUGCUCCGUGUGCAACAUGACUUUCAGCUACCAGACCACGUUAAUCCGACACAUGAAGACGCACUCGGACGAGAAACCUUUCUCUUGCUCCGUGUGCGCCAAAAGCUUCAACGUGAAGAGAAGCUUGAAAGCACACAUGCGGACGCACACCGGAGAGAAACCAUUUGCGUGUUCCGUGUGCAAUACCACUUUUAGCUCACAGACAUCUCUGGCCAGACACGCACAGACACACACGGGGGAAAAACCUUUCAUUUGCUCCGUUUGCGGUCAAACUUUCUCCCAGAAAAGCACUUUAGUGAAGCACACCAGAACGCACACGGGCGAGAAACCCUUCACGUGCUCGUCUUGCGGUCAAGCCUUCGCCGAAAAGAGCAGUUUGAUGUCGCACACCAGGACGCACACGCACGAGAAGCCGUUUGCCUGCGACGUUUGCGGCGAAAGCUUCGCCCAGAGAGGGAACCUGUUGGCCCACGCCAGGACGCACAGCGGUGAGAAACCCUUCGCUUGCCUGGUUUGUGCCAAAAGGUUCACCAGGAAAAACAGUCUGCUCAUCCACACCAGGAAGCACACGGGAGAGAAAACGUUCGCCUGUCACACUUGCCAGGAAAGGUUCACGUAUAAAUUCCAGCUCGACAAACACGCGUGCUCGGGAAACAAAACGCACUCUUGAUGCCUCGACAACGAAACUGUGUCCUCCUAGCAGGCACGGGGACGCGACCGCCUUUGCCUCAUUUCGGGCCGCUUCCAGCUCUAAAACUUCGAGAAAAAACUGACCGGCGUUCCACUCGCUGCGUCGUUUUUUAACUGCAAUUGUUUGACUUACGAGCAGUGUUAGAAAGAUGUCUUUGCAAAUUCUUAUGUUUUUGCAUCGUUUACCCACUUUAAUGUUUAAGCUCAUCGAACAAAUGUAAAUAUCAGACAACUAUAACCCAAGUGAACUUAAAAUGUUUUUUAAAAUGGUAAUUUCAUUUAUUAAGGGGGGGGGGGAAAACGAUUGCCAAUGAUGGUGUAUUGGUCCAAUCGCCUGACUUUGGUGCGGGCAGCGUGGGUUCAGUUCCCACUCCGUGACGGUGCGAAUGGUUGCCCGCGUCUAUACGUGCCCUGCGACUGACAGGCGACCAGUUCGGGGCGUAGUCCGACUUUCGCCCGAAAUCGGCUGGGAUAGGCUCCGGCGCCUCGCGACCCUAACCAGGAUGAGCGGUGUUGAAACUGGAUGGAUGGAAAAAAAACUCUUCAAAGUUACCUGGCCCUGUGUAAAAAAAGGAAUUACCCCCCUUGUUAAAUCAUGAAUUCAUUGUGGCUAAUCACAAUUUUUGGGAGAAUAUUAUAUGGACUGACGAGAUGAAAGUUGAGAUUUUUGGAAGGUGUGUGUCUCGUUAUAUCUUGCGUAAAUGUAGCACAGCAUUUCAGAAAAACAACAUCAUACCAACAGUCCAACAUGGUGGUGUUAGUGUGAUGGUCUGGGGCUGCUUUUCUCCUUCAGGACCUGGACGACUUGCUGUGAUUGAUGGAACCAUGAAUGUUGCUCUUCAACAGAAAAUCCUGAAGGAGAAUGUUCGGCCAUCCGUUUGUGACCUCAAGCUGAAAUCACCAUUUAGCAACAGCAUUUUAAGUUCACUUGGGUUCUGUUGGUCUGAUAUUUACAUUUGUUCGAUGAACUUAAGUGGUGACACUACGCAAAAAUAAGAACUUGAGAAGGGGGCCAAUACUUUGUCACGGCACUGUCGGUGGUGACAAUCCGCUCGAUGCGGAACGCCACGUGACCGACGCGGAACACGGAAUAGCUGACUUCCUGUAUAUGCUUUGCUAGUGAUCGUCACUAGUAUUGAUGACACGAUUGUUUGAAGCCCAACUUGCUGAAAUGUACGUUUUCUUCAUGGCUGGCGUCUUCGGGCAAAGGUCAAUUUGCGUACCGUGUAUCAUUUACUGCUAUGAAUAUGAUGUCAUGUGUGUAAACAUGAAGGAAGCCCUCA